AAUACCGCGGGAAAAUUUGACAGCUGAUCUUUCCUCGGAGAAUGACGACCAAGUACCGGCGACUGUGUGAGCUGGGAUCUGGGUCAUUUGGGAAGGCUUGGUUGGUCAAGGAUGUUACCACUGGACACGAGUGUGUCUCCAAGGAAAUACAGAUUGCCGGGCUAAGUGAGAAGGAAAUGGGUCAGUGUGUUACGGAGGUUUGGAUGUUGAGCAUCUGUAAACAUAUCAACAUAGUGAGGUACAUUGAGGCGUUUGUGGCUGACCGGUGUCUUCAUAUUGUCAUGGAGUAUGCCAACGGAGGUGAUUUAGGCCAACGGAUCUCAGAAAGACAGAAAAUUGGACAUUUAUUUAGAAAAGAGACAGUGUUAGACUGGUUUGUGCAGAUUUGCCUAGCCCUGGAGUACAUCCACAGCAAACGAUUCCUACAUAGAGACCUAAAACCCCAGAAUGUGUUUCUGACUACGAGCGGUGUGGUUAAACUUGGCGAUUUCGGCAUAGCUCGCCAUUUGAUUCAUGAGGACUUGGCGUCAACUAGAAUCGGCACACCGCUGUAUAUCAGUCCGGAGAUUUGCAAGGGAAAACUUUAUGAUGCUAAGAGUGAUAUGUGGGCAGCGGGCUGCCUUCUAUACGAGAUGUGUGCGCUCCAUGUGCCCUUUAGGGCGGCUAACUUUGAUGCACUGGUCGGCAAAAUACUCGCUGUAGAGUUUGCUCCCCUACCCAGCCAGUUCCAUGGAAUGAUCCAGACUCUUCUGUCUAAACUGCUUGUACUGGACCCUGGAGAUCGAUUUUCUGCAAAACAAGUCCUUGACAUUCCCGAGCUGGUUACCAUGGUUACAAAACUAAGAAAAAAGAAUACCGACUACAGAAAAGAAGUGUCCGCUUACCACAAUAUACGUCCCAGGUCGUCAAGUGUCCCGGGAUUGAGUACAAGGAAAAACGCUAAUAUGUUGAAAGAAUGUGCACUAAACUUGGAGAGGAUGAAAAUGGAAGCGGGCUCCAUGAAUAAGUUUGAUGAAGAUAAUGUAAAUGUGGGGAAUGGAGUGAGUAAUGAUAAUGUCAGGAGUAAAGAGGAGGAUGGUUAUGAUAUGUAUAAGCAUAAUAGGGAAUGCUCGGAUGUAAAUGGCAAUGUCUCAAUGGAGCAAAGUCCCAAAGAUCUCAACACUGCUGCUUGUGGGAAUAGUAAUAUACAGAAUAAGUGUGGAUCCAGAACCUACACGGUGAAAGACUCCAUACUGAGGAAGCUAUCUGCUGUGUCCCCCAGAUUGUCAGAGACUGUUCGACGUCAGAGGUUCUCACUGUCUGUAAGUGAGGCUCUGGAUGCUAGGAAAAAGUCAGAGAGUGGCUGUUUUACUACUAAGGGAGGCAACUGUGAUAGUGAGGAUGAGGUUUUCUCCCCUGCCCCAGAAGCCCCAAGGAGACAGCCAUUAGACUCUAGAACUUACUCUGUUGAUUCAUCAGUUGCCAGCUCCGUUCUUAUCAAAGAUUCUAUAAACCACAGCUUGCUUACUGCUCUAAGCUUGCUGAACCACAAUAGAGAUGGUGCCAGGAAUUCCUUGAUGCUGGACUUAAAUCGUUUCCUUGGAAACAGUGAGGCAAAGAGAGUUAUGGACAAUGUGAAAAGACUGGUGGUUGAAGGUGGCCAAGGUUUGGACACUCUGAAAACUGUGAUUGGUAAAAUUGACUUGGAACUGUUGCCAAUAAUUUGUUUGAUCAUAUCGAUUUGAUUUGAGAUCAUUAUUAAAUUAUUUAUUAAAAUGUUGUCGAGUGUUUAUGAAACUUAAUAUUGUAAGCA